AUGUCGUGGAAGAGGAACUACUUUGCGUCGGGCAGUGGAGCAGCUGCCGGGGUGCCGGGGUUGGUGACCCCGAGAACUAUGACCUCCAUUGCACCCAGCAAAGGCCUGAGCAACGAGCCGGGACAAAACAGCUGCUUCCUCAACAGCGCUCUGCAGAGUAUCUUCUCGCAGUUCCAGUUCAGCAGCGAGCGAGUUCUGCCAUCUGAUGCACUGCGGAGCGCUUUGGCCAAGACGUUCCAGGACGAGCAACGCUUUCAGCUGGGCAUCAUGGACGACGCUGCCGAGUGCUUCGAGAAUCUCCUCAUGCGGAUCCACUUCCACAUCAGUGCGGAGAGCAGGGAGGACAUCUGCACAGCCAAACACUGCAUACCACACCAGAAGUUCGCUAUGACUCUGUUCGAGCAGUGUGUGUGUAACAGGUGCGGAGCCACAUCGGACCCCCUGCCCUUCAUUCAGAUGGUCCAUUAUAUCUCCACCACAUCCCUAUGUAACCAGGCAGUGAGGAUGCUGGAGUGCAGAGAGAAACCCACACCGGAUAUGUUUGGAGAGCUGCUUCGCAACGCCAGCAACAUGGGAGACCUGCGCAACUGUCCCAGUAACUGUGGGGAAAUGUUGCGUAUCCGCCGGGUGCUGAUGAACUCCCCGGAAAUUGUGUCCAUCGGGCUGGUGUGGGAUUCGGACCACUCCGACCUCGCAGAGGACGUCAUACACAGCCUGGGAACCUGCCUGCGUCUGGGAGAUCUGUUCUACCGUGUGACAGACGAGAGGGCUCGCCAGGCAGAGCUCUACUUGGUGGGGAUGGUGUGCUACUAUGGCAAGCACUACUCCACCUUCUUCUUCCAGACCAAGAUACGCAAGUGGAUGUACUUUGACGACGCCCACGUCAAAGAGAUCGGCCCCAAGUGGAAGGACGUAGUGUCUCGCUGUAUCAAAGGCCACUAUCAGCCCCUGCUGCUGCUCUAUGCUGACCCCCGAGGGACGCCGGUGAUACUGCAGGAGAGCCCAAACUCUUGUACCAGCUCCAACCCGCAGCUGGAGCUCCAGCACUGCAGCAGCAAAGCUGGUUACGACAGCGAAGACUCAGGUCGAGAGCCGUCCAUAUCCAGUGAUACUCGCACUGACUCUUCAACAGACAGCUCCAGUCAUCGCACUUCUCGCAGCCGGCCCUUGCACCAGUCUACGGGCAGCCACCUCUCCAGUGAAUCCCAGACCACAGUGGUCUGUAACUACGACAUUGGCACACCGCCACUUGGUGCUGACGCUGGAGAGUCGGCAGUGGAGGGUGCUCCUCGCCGCCCCUCUCCCCCCCUGCAGGAGUACAAGGAGACGGCCGUCUUCCUACUCUCUUCACGCAGGCCCCUCACCUCCUCCUCCUCGUCCUCUCGCCCCCUCUCCUCUUCGUCUUCGUCAGGAGUUGGAGGCUGCGAGGGUGGGGCCGGGGGUCCCCAUUGGGAGGAUGAAAGCACGAGCAGCGAGAGCAAGUCCAGUUCUUCUGGAGGCUGUUACCGGCCCACCUGGAGGCCCAGGAGAGAGGCCCUAAACAUCGACAGCAUCUUCACUCGGCAAAGAGACUCAUCUCUGGGCUACAACUCGGUGCCUGACCCCGCUCUCCCUCCAGAGCCCCUUCCUUUAGGAUUACAGCCAGGACUGGAAGAAAGGAGAGAGACCGGGGAGGUGGGAAUCGGGCUGGUUGGACAGCCCAGGUCUUUGGGCGGUGGACGGACAAUGGGUCCCCCUGCUCCUCCGCCUCUGAGAGGGGUGGAGCACCAGCCACGUCUCAUCCAGAGGAUGGAGAGUGGCUACGAAAGCAGCGAGAGGAACAGCAGCAGCCCCGACAGGGAAGUGGGGCAACAGAAACGGGUGCUGAUGUCAGGACCUUCAUGGCGUUCGGUGCCCAAGUCAAAAAGCAGUGGUGCCAUCAUGCAGAAGCUGCCUCCACCCAGCUGGGUCAGUGGCACCAAUGCAGGCUCUGGGCGCAGUGAGCUGGACGAGCUGCAGGAGGAGGUGGUGAGGAGAGCCCGCCAACAGGAGCAGCUGAAGCGGAAGGAGGCAGAACAGGAGGCAGCCAAGGGAUUUAACCCCAGACCCAGCAAAUUCAUGGACCUGGACCAGCUCCAGCACCAGGCUGUGCUCAGACCCCUGCAUGAGGCUAACGCUCAUAGCGGAUUGGCUGUAGCUGCGUGCAUGAGGAGCACUGGGGGCCCAAUCAAACGCGGGCAGGAACAGGAAACGGAGCCGGACACGGGAAACGUCCACCCACAGGGGCCUUGCAGUGAACAGCCUGGCUCGGUCCAAGUACUGCUGACGCCCAAUCAGGAGGAAGAAGAGGACCAGGCCAGGCCCAGCCAAGAAGUGGCCCAGGGCCAGGAACCACCCCCACCACCCUACCGGCCUCGACCUACGCUCACCCUCUGCAUUGCUCACCCUUGCGGCCCCUCCAGUCAAGAGGAGGAGGAGGGCAGGCAUGCGGGAUGGAGAGGGGAGGAAAGCGAGGAUGGGAGGGAGGGGACGGGGGUGAGGCUGUGCGAGUUGCUGCAGGCAGGGGGGGUGAGUGUCAGACCCCUGGGGAAGCACUUAGCCAUCUCCCUACCUUCGCUUCCUCUGCGUCUCUGGGAUACACCAAUCACACACAGCGCACACCUCAAAAACACACACUCCCCACCUCCCUCGUCGCCCCCUCUGGAAACUUUUGGGCAAAGGAAACCUCUUGCACCGCUCUGGCAGCCCCCCCAGCCCAAUUCCCCUGACGACAGGGCUCAUCACCAGCAGCGUAGAGCCGCCGCUGACAACAGCACACGUCACUGGUCCUCCUGGAGUUUGGACCGCCCCGACGCCGUGGUGUCGCCCUACGACACGCCCCCCGACCGCUGCGUUCCCAUCAGGCCACAGACGCCCAGGUAA